AGUUCAGCACAGUUACGUGCCAAAGCGUUAGGCGACUUUUGCUUGCCGAACAGUUGACGGUAAGAAACAGAAAAGAGAGGGUGGCGUUAUGGUAGUAUGUUAUCGUACGUAGUUGCAUUUAAACAAAUCCUAGGCGGAGCAGGAAGCGCGCCAGGCAGGAAGAUAAACAGACAUGGCGGAUGGUGGAGCCGUGUCUGCUGCCAAGGCUAAGCGGCGCGAACAAUUAAAGCGCUGGGUGGGCUCAACUACAGACCAACAGCCGUCUGUUCCUCGGCGAAGAAGACUCGAACACAGUUCAGUCAGUAAUAGCGGGGUUGUCGUUAGCGUGGAGGAGGAUGAGGCAGCAGAGUCUGAACUGGCGGGUAAGAAGCGAAGGAAAACACGGCGCUCGGUGCGUUUUGACCGAGCUGCGGAGUUCUUGGCAGCCUGCGCCUCUGGAGAUGCGGAGGAGGCAGCCGAAAUGCUGCGGGAGGCAGAGAUGUCAGAAUCGGAGCCUGCAGUGAUAGACAGCACGAACGCCGAUGGCAUCACCGCGCUCCACCAGGCUUGUAUAGAUGAGAACUUGGAGAUGGUCCAGUUCCUGGUUGAGCAUGGUGCCAAUGUUAACCAGUCAGACAAUGAGGGUUGGACUCCCUUACAUGUUGCAGCAUCCUGUGGCUACAGUGACAUAGCAGAGUAUCUUCUCCAGCAUGGUGCCAACGUGGGUGCUGUUAACUGUGAUGGAGACAUCCCUGUUGAUAUUGCUGAGGAGGAGGGCACUGAGCAGUUGCUAAAGGAAUACAUUAGAAAGCAAGAGGUUGAUGUUGCUGCAGUCAAGCGAUUAGAAGAAGAGCAGAUGUUCCAGGAUGCCCAACAGUGGUUAUGCAGAGGAUUUAUACCUUCCAAUAUUAGGCAUCCUAAGACUGGAGCUGGUCCACUUCAUGUUGCAGCCGCCAAAGGUUAUUUAGAUGUCAUGAGGCUUCUUUUACAGUGCGGUUUUGAUGUAGGUGAUCAGGACAGGGAUGGAUGGACACCUCUUCAUGCAGCUGCACACUGGGGUCAGGCUGAGGCCUGUCGACUACUUGCUGAAAGAAUGUGUCCCAUGGAUGCUCUCAGCAAUGCGGGUCAGACCCCUUUUGAUGUUGCUGAAGAGAACCUCCAAACCCUUCUUACAGAACUGAAACAGAAGCAGGCUGAUAUACAGAGUCAGAAAGCUGCUGCUGUUGAGAAACAAGGCUCUCUAGACUCCUCACUUGAACAAGUGUCCUCUACAUCCUCCAAAAACAGAAGGACUUCAGUUUGUAGAAUGAGCAGCAAAGAAAAAAUUUCUGUCCAGGACCAAUCUAAGGAGAGAAAAACUCUUGAAGUUAUCUCUGUGGGAGAGGAUGAAGGAAGCUCUAGUUCUGAAUCUGAGCGUUCUGAAAACUACACACAACAGAGCCCAGAGAUGAAUGGUUCAACCUCACUCAACACAUGUGCCUCUUCCACCUACAGUAACAGCAGUAGUUGUGCUGAUGCAUCUGCCACAAAAAUGAUUAAGGAAAACCAGGAAGCCAGGACUGCAAGAGUACAGCCUACCCCAAGCAGAAGAAUAUUUUGUCAACAGAACAGUGAAAACAGCUGCGAGGGACUGAAAAGUGAUGUUUAUUCAAGUACCCAGAGGUCUACAGGAGAUUCAAACCAAAACAUUCAGUCUCCCACCAGUGACGGAAUGGAGCGGCGCAACAGGUCAUAUCAGACUCCUGUUCGGGAUGAAGAAUCUGAAUCACAAAGAAAAGCAAGAUCACGGCUAAUGAGGCAGUCAAGGCGAUCUACGCAGGGAGUAACCUUGACUGACUUGAAAGAAGCUGAAAAAACAAUCACUGGAAAGGCAAAUGAUCUUGUAGUUCCAGCUGAAGUACAACUCUCACGAUAUUGCAGCAUGGAUAAGAAUGAUACAGACCACUCUCUUCAAUAUAGCCAGCUUGAACGCCCUAUACAAAGCAUCAGCCCUGUGGUGACUGUUACACAAGCAGAACGAGAUGUCGGCCUUAUAGGGAGCAGCACUGAAGAGCCUGAGGGUGAUGCACAGAGCAGAUUGGCUCGGCGGAGAGGACGGAAAGAACGACGGCCAACAGGAAUGGUACAGCUCUUAAAAGGAGAGGAAAAUAAAGAGUUGGCAGACCAGGAAAGUUCUAAUGGCCUGGCUGGUAACAGCCUGGGCAAUGGAAACCGCCUAAUACCAAGUAAUGGUAUAUUCUGUAUGAAUGAUGAAGAUCAGAAUUUGCCUGGACCAGAUUACAAAAAGCUUUAUGAGACAGUGCUAAAAGAAAACGAGAGGUUGCGGGACCAGUUGCAAGAAGCUGAACUACAGCUGAGCCAGAACAAAGUAGAACUGGAAAGAGCAACACAGAAACAAGAACUCAGUGCAGAGAGGCCAGCAUUACUGGAACUGGAGAGAUUUGAAAGAAGAGCCUUGGAAAGGAAGGCUACAGAGCUAGAAGAGGAGCUUAAGGUUCUGGCAGACCUACGAGCUGAUAACCAGAGACUAAAAGAUGAAAAUGCUGCAUUGAUCCGAGUCAUCAGCAAGCUUUCAAAAUAGCAAAGAAGUACUGAAGCUCAUCAAACAGAAGACCAGAUAAGCUCACAGUGACCCUUUCCUACUUUCUGGUCACUUGAAGGCAGGAAGCUUUCUAUUCCUUCCUUGAGCACUGUUUUUGUGAAACACUGGUUUCACUGAUAUGCAGUGUAAUCAGCAAAGACUGCCAUUAACUGCUUAUGAAGCCCCUCUCUACAAGUACAUUUCAUUGUAUAAAAUGUGUCUAUACAUCAGCACUGCUUAUAGCUAUCAACCAGCAUGUUGUAUUUACUGUAGGAGACAAUGUAAUGGAAUCUUAAAUGCUCUUGGACAGUUUUCAAAUGGUCAUGAUAUUUUGUGUAUGUGUGCAGAAACACAAGUCUGCAUGUCCAUCAUAAUUGGAAGGGCAGAAAUAUAAAGAACCAUCCCUCACCCUCCCAUUCUCACCAGCAUACUUUUUUAGAAAGUAAUUUGUGAGCAAAAUGUUAAUUGUGAGGUCUCACUUCUUGUUUGUUCCUACCUGAUUUUACUCUCUGCUCUCACAGUUUGCAGGCCGCCUGGUGGCAGUCAGUCAGAAAGAAUGUAAAUUCACAUUUUUUUUGUUUUGUUUUGUUUAUUGGAAGCCCUGAACAAAGUGUAUAUACAAGAAACCUAGAGAAAAUUAUUUGAAAUGUACCUCUAGGGGUUUUAAUUGCAUUUUUACACAUGCAGCAUUUAUUUCUAGUUUACUACAUUAUUGGGACUUUGGGCAGUUUUGUAUUUUGCACAGUUUAAUUGAUCUCUUUAAGCCUGUGGGAAAGGUUGUGCUUGUCCCUAGUGAUGCUUCAUAAAUAGAUUCGUUUUACUUUGACUGGUUUGGUAGGAGCAACAUCCUCUUACCCAUUUUUUAUUCUCCAGGUAGCUGCCUCUGAUUGAGUAUACUAAAUGGUUUUCAAUUUUGGUGUACCUCUCUUUUUGAGAUUGUGAGAAGAGUGGCUUGAUAGACAAGGGCAAUGGUGGUGAAGUUUGUGGUGGGCUCACAAACUAAUAAUGCUGGAUAGAAAGUUUCCUGAAUUGCCAUUUUCCAGACUUGGACCUUCCCUGCAUCAGUAUUCUUAUUUUUUUUCUUUUCCUUUCAUUAGCUCCUAAAUGUCCUGCAGGGGAUGGCAGAGAAUCAGCAUCUGAUCUUCUUGGGGGGUGAUUCUAGUUUUACUCUCAUCCAGGCAACAGUGCUGUCCCUGGGCAGUGCCAGUGUUAGUGUUUAUCUCCCAGAACAUGUUUGUAUUUUCAUUUUAUCUGUCUGAUAUUUUUACAAUUGCAUUGCCAAAAAUGAAUCUCUUGGUGACCAACAGUAACUAUUAUGCAUGUUAUUAUUUGCACUGUAAUAUUUUAUGGUCUUCGGUGAAUAGAAAUGUGACCUUUAUUUUAUGUUUUUCUUUUUUUAGGCAAAGAAAAUCACUGCUUUGAUAUUUUUAUUAUAUUAUUUUUAUUUCUGAAUGCUAUUUUAGAGACAACUUCUGAGGCAGCCUUUCACGUGUUUGUAUCUCUUCCUGGCCAUGGCAGUGUUUUCAAGAAAUUGUUUGCCAAGUUACACUGUCUGUUACUAGGUUUGAUAAUACACUUGCCAGCGCCCCUUGGUGCCACACAACACGUGUUAAUGCUGUCCUCUGAAGACACUCAAGUUCAAAAAAAAAAUGUGAAUGGUAUUCACUGGUAGCCUCCCCUUCUUGGUGGGGAGGGGGGGGGGUUUAACACUUUUCUGCUGGAUUAAUGUCUUUGAAGACCUGCGGAGUUUCUUAACACACUGGUGUUCUUCCCCUGUUUUUUUUUUUUUUAAAGUGUUUUGGUCAUGCCAAAUCUUUAUUUUUAUUUUUUUAAGCAUUCUUCAUAUUUGUGCCUAACUACCCAAAGUGAAAAAUGUAUUUGUGGAGUGAAAUGUGAGAGACUCAGGGAUUGUCAGCAGGACUGUUAUUUAAAGUGUAUUUUUACAUAAACCAUUUAUUGUA